CUAUUUUCAUUCUAUUUUCUCUGCUAAUUCCAAGGAAUAAUUUCCAUUUAAAUUCUGAACGAUCUUCACGUUUUUGUUAUUCUCCGGUUUGAAAGCACAUCAAAAAAAGGAAAAGAAACUUCAAUGGAGCAUAAUCUCCGGCGGAAUUUUCCUGCUCCGGCUUCGGAUCCUUUGGCCUGUCUCAGUGAGUUGACUCAGACGAAAUCGGGCUCACCCGCCUCUGGUGUAACCAUUGAGAGCUUCCGAGAUCCCAUUGCAAAUGCAACACCGGUUUAGCACGAAUAAAAUGGUGGAUUGAGACCAAAGGUUGGAUGAAUGAUCUGGAAUAGUCCACAUUCUUGUUUAAAAUGCUAUAUGAAUCUUGAAGAUACACUGAGGUGUAAUGCUAGAUUUGUGAGAAAAUAACUUAUGUCAUUCUUUAUGCCCAAGGCUAAGCAUUUGGAUAGAAAAGUGCAUUAACUAAGACCCUUAAUGGAAGAAGAUAGUUUUGAGUUGGAUUAAUUGGUUCUUUUAUUUUUUACUUGAGUAGUUAUCUCAUACUAGUUUCUUCCGCUUUUUAGUUCUAUGGGUCAUUGUGCUAUUAUGGAGAUCUACUGUUUGGCCUUCAGUUAUUUGAAAUCACUAUGGAUUGGAUGGUAAGUUUAUGAAUGUCCUCUAUUGGGGAAAACUCUUCUUUCUUUAUCAGUUAGUCUUGUGUAAAUGGUUGAACACCCCUCCCCAAUUAUAUGGUGAUUUAUUUUCCUCUUUAUGGUUAUACCUCUCUUAUGAUUGUGUGUGCCGCAUGUGGGAGCCAUGUCCAACUCAAUUGCGUGCCAAAGUACAUAAUUCUUCUCAUCAGUUUGGCUACUACCAGAAGAGCGAUGACCCGUUGUUGGACAGCACUGCUGAUUCUAGUGAUAACCGGGAAAGUCUGUUACAUCAUGUUACGCCUGCUGGCUCAAGAGAAACUGUGGUUGCCGAUGGUGGAACGAACUCGGGAAGUAACACGUCCUUAGAUGGCUGCACCAGUGGUAAAUUUAGCCUCAAUCUGCAAGCAAACUUCCUCUUCCUAUUGCCUUCAUUCAUUUCUGUUAUGAGUUUCCCCGUUCCAUGCCUACCGGUUAUGCAUCGCACUUUCCCAGAGGUUUGGGAUCAGAAUUUUGUUGAUGAAGACCGAAGAGAAAAGACCGGUGUCUCUUGGGCGAAGCUCUUGAAGACAACAGCAAUGUAUGAUGCUUCAACCAAUGAUACAUAUAUUUGGGCGUGAGUGAAAUCCGGCAAGUUCUCACCCGGUGCUCUUUUGUGGAAGAAUGCAAUUCAAAUGGGUGGUUUUGCAGUUAGAAGAUUUGGUAUAGAUAGAUGCAUAGAUAGAAUUCUUUUCUUCUUUUUGUCCUCUAUCAUUAGAUCCGA